UCGUGCCGCCAUUUCGUCGCGAAAGAUGUCCGGAGUGACCGUAUUUAUGGCGUUCUGAAUUCGUUCUCCGUGGUUUUUUGUGCAUACCGAGCUGUGUUUUGACGAGAUUUCACAGAGAUGCAGCAGCCAAUUUAUCAGGACCAGCAGAGCGGGCAACAGGGUGCGGGUCAACAGAUGCUCCUGUGCCCCGUCAGAUUAGUAUACGAGACUCAAAUCUUGGUUCAACCUGGUGAACAAAUACAACCGAAUCAAACGAUAUUUAUAAACCCACACAACCCUCCGCCAUGGAUACAGAACAGACCUCAAAACAACGUAAUGUACGUCCAACAGAUGGCGCCCAACAACUUCAUGCAACAAAUUCAGCAACACUCGACGCAAAAUCCAAUAUACAUCCACCAGAACUACAACAACAUACAGCAAAUGAUACCGCAACAAUUUUUAUCUCAAGCACAACACAAAGAAGUGCGCACGACAAAUGUACAAAUGGCUAAUAUGCUGCAGAGAAAUCCAGCACAAACUUUGCAGCCUACCGCCAGUCCAUACAAUACCGGUACACAGAGCGAGACUACACAAAACAAUACCACGGCCAACUUCAGUGUAAUACCUGCAAACUACAUGCAAAAUCAAAUUAACCAAAACCAAAUCAAUUUCCUACCUACAAAUGUUAAUAACAAACAAAUCGUACAAAACGUACAAACUCCACCCAGACCGGCUGUAACGACAACGAACGUUAUGAACUUUCAAAGAAAUAUUGAAAUGCAGCAAAAUAUACCCAGACCAGUAGUUCAGCAAACGUUCCAGCACGAAAAUAAUAUGAUACAAACAUCGCUGCCACAGUCAAUAACAAUGGUUCCCAUCCAACCAACACAAUCGCUUCAAAGACCUAACGAUACACAAGAUCAAAUUACACAAAUACGACCAAUGCAAACAUUGGCCGCCAACAAACAAAACUUACCUCCAACAGGAAAUACAAUUACAAAUUCGACACACGAACGAAUAGUAAAAAAAAUAGCAGCAGUCACACCAAAAGGUAAUAUUACUGUAAACACAUUAGUUAAUACGGUACCAAAAAAUGUUCCUUCAUACAGUUACAGACCUAUCCAACCCAGACCUCAGCAACAAAGAAAUAUAGCACCCAAUAUAAUACCUACUAACACUCAGACACAAAUAAAAGGUCCACCCAAAUUGCAGCAGCCCUUAUCCUACAACGCAAACCCACAUACCUAUGUGAUGACAUCAAAUUAUACCAACACUGAACAGAGUAUGUUUAAUAGAAAGAGAAAGAGUGAAUCGCCUGAUGAGGUACAAAAGAAAAUGAUGAUCAAUCAUGUACCACAAAAGAAUUCACCCGUUGCUGUGGUCUCCUCAGUACAAACAAAUACUGUCAGUAGUAUUGGCGUAAAUACAAUGCCAAUGCAAAAAACACAUAAAAUGCCCCCAAAUAUUACCAGAAUCCCUAGUUUAAUACGUAACGAAGAAACUAUAAAAGAUAUACAACAAAGAAUGGAAGUUCAAACGGUCAAAGAAACAUCAUCGCCAAGUGAAACAGAGAAAUUAUUAAGGAAUACAGUAUUCACUCAAGCGAGAAAUAGAGUUUUAGCUGAUAAACAAGAAAUUAUUAGUACAAAUGUAAUAAAAGUCGAAACUAUCACUAGUGAUAUUAAAUCUGAAUCAAUACUUAAAAAGGAGCUUGAAAAAGAAACAGCCAAAAAUUCGGAAGAAAGUAAAAUGGAUGUAGUUAAAAACGAGGAAGAAAAUAAAAUAGAAUUAAUCAAUAAGGAGGAGGAAAGCAAAAAGGAUUUAAUUAAUAAGGAGGAAGAUAUUAAAAAACAUUUAGUUAAAAAGGAAGAAGAAAUCAGAAAAGAUUUAAUCAAAAAAGAAGAAGAGGAAAAUAAAAUAGAUUCAAUCAAAAAAGAGGAAGAAACUCAUAAAGAAGCAACCAAAAAAGAAGACACUAAUCCAGUAGUACAAACAAAAGAAGAAAAGAUUGGCAAAGAUGCAAAUGAUGUGAUAAAACCAAACAUAAGAGAAAUAAAUGUACUUGGCAAUAGUAAAUCAAAUGAUAAGAACGGUUUUGUUUUGACACAUGUACUUGACGGUUAUGUUAUACAAGAAUCUAAUAUAGCUUUCCCUAUCCGAAGACCAUUAAAAGAAAAAACACUGCCACCAAAUACAAUCACCGAAGUCAAGAAAGAUUCCAAAGAAGUCAAAACUGAAAACAACACCAAGAUGUUUAAUUUAUCAAAUUUGAAUUUAAACGAAGCCGAAGAAAAGGAAAGACUGGCUGAAGAAGAGGAAAAUAAAGACUGUAAAGAAAGUGUUAGUAAAAAAGAAAUCUCAAUUCCUAGCAACAAGAAAUUUAUCAUAUGUUUCUUUUCAGAUAACCCAUUUGCAGAACUUAAGACGGAAACAGUGAAAAGCUGGACGGUAAAAGAAUUGACGGAACAUCUUGUAAAAUAUGAAUGGGAAGAAACAGUGUCAGUGUUACUUGAACACGAAAUUGACGGUGAAUCUUUAUAUUUAGUAUCGAAAAACCAAUUAGUUAGUAUUGGUAUUAGUGAAGAACAUGCUGAUAUUAUCUGUGAUUUUGUUAAGAGAUAAAGUGUUUUAGGAUUUACGGACAAAAGUGCAAAGAAAAACAUGUAUAAAUUAAUUUUAAG